AUGAAAUUGAACAAGGUUGAUCUAGUAAACCAAAGUUUUACUCAUCUGAUUAGACGAUAUAAAUUGACUGCAUUCACUCCAAUUAGAAGGCCUUUGCCUAAAACUUUAGAGAUUGAUGGUAAAACAUAUAAUACACAUUCUGAUUUUACUAAUGUAACUCCAACCAUAACAUCCCACUUAAGUAGACAAUUACAUCUUAACAAGGAUCAUCCUAUCGGUAUAUUGAGGGAAUUGAUCGAAAAGAAAUUAAAUUCUGUAGAUAAGUCUUUUACCACUUUCAACAAUUUUAAACCUGUGGUCACCAAAUUUCAAAAUUUUGAUUCUCUUGGCUUUCCUGAAAACCAUCCAGGUAGAUCAAAAUCUGAUACAUACUAUAUUAAUGAAAACUAUCUUUUAAGAACACACACCUCUGCUCAUGAAGCAGAAUGUUUUCAGCAGAUCAAAGAAGGUUUAGAUGCAGAAUCUAAGGGAUACUUAAUCUCUGCAGAUGUUUAUAGAAGAGAUGAAAUUGAUAGAACACAUUAUCCUGUGUUCCAUCAAAUGGAAGGUGCAAGGAUUUGGAAACGUAAUAACUCUGAACUUUUACAAAAUGAUCUUAACAAAUUAGAAAAGGUAUUGACUGAGUCACAAAAGAAUAUUGUCCUAAAAUGUGUUAGAGACGAUCCAGAGAUUGAUCCAGUGGAGAAUCCUAAACAAACGUACAUGAGUGAUCAGGAGGUCAUUUUAUGUUCUAAACAUAUGAAGAGAUCUAUUGAAUUGAUUAUAUCCGAAGUGUUUAAUAGGAAAGUACAAAGCAUGAAGGACGAAAAAUUGGUUCCAAAAGAAUUAAAAUAUAGAUGGGUCAAAGCUUAUUUCCCUUGGACUACACCAUCUUGGGAAAUCGAAGUUUGGUGGCAGAAUGAUUGGUUAGAAGUAUGUGGUUGUGGUUUAGUACAACAGCAAGUGCUCCUCAAUGCUGGUUUUGAAACAGAUUCUACAAUAGGUUGGGCAUUUGGAUUAGGCUUAGACAGAAUUGCUAUGUUAUUAUUUGAAAUUCCAGAUAUUAGAUUGCUUUGGACAUCAGAUGAAAGAUUCCAUAAACAAUUUAAAUCAGAACAUAUUAAUAAAUUCAAACCAUAUUCUAAAUAUCCAGGUUCUAUUAGAGAUGUUUCAUUUUGGUUACCAAAACAGGAUAAUAAAAAUGUAGGCAAUGUUGUACAGAACAUUGAAGUGCAUACUAACGAUAUAAUGGAAAUUGUGAGAGAUGUUGCAGGUACAUUGGUAGAAAGUGUCAAGUUAUAUGACACUUUUGUACAUCCGAAGACAAAUCAAAAAUCAAUGUGUUAUCGUAUAAAUUACCAAUCGAUGGAUAGAAAUAUUACUAAUGCAGAAGUUAACGAAUUGCAACGUAAAAUUGAAAAGGAACUUGUUAGUAGAUAUAAUGUAAUUUUAAGGUAG